CUCUCUUCUGAUUCACACCACUAUACUUUGAUAAAAGCUCAAAGCCAAAGGGGGUCUGUACGUCCUUUACUCUGAAGUACUGUUCGUUUAUGUGAUCAUGGGAAUUCCGAAGCCUGCAUGGUUGGAAGCCCUCUACACGCAAAAAUUUUUUGUUGGAUGCUCCUACCAUGAAACAGCAAAGAAGAAUGAAAAAAAUAUUUGCUGCUUGGAUUGUUGUACAAGUAUUUGCCCCCAUUGUUUACCAUUACAUCGAUUCCAUCGGCUUCUUCAGGUUCGUCGGUACGUUUAUCAUGAUGUUGUUCGGCUCGAAGAUCUUCAGAAGCUCAUAGACUGCUCUAAUGUUCAGGCUUAUACGAUCAAUAGUGCCAAAGUGGUGUUUAUCAAGAAGAGACCUCAAAACAGGCAAUUUAAGGGAUCCGGAAACUAUUGCACUUCUUGCGACAGAAGCCUCCAAGAACCCUUCAUCCAUUGCUCUCUAGGGUGUAAGGUGGAUUAUUUGCUAAAACACCAUAAGGACAUCUCUCCAUACCUAAGAUCAUGCAACACUUUACAAUUAAGUCCAGAUCACUUGUUAAUGAUGCCGCAAGACAUGACAGGAGAGGAUCAGGAGAUAACUAAUGAGAGUAGUACACCUCAUUCUACAAUCGUAGACUGUGAAGAGCAGAUGAUGAGCUCCUCUUCUGGCUCAUCAGGGUCAGAGAACAAUGUGGCAUAUUGCAUGACUAGUACCCAAAUUGUCAGGAAGAAAAGAAGUGGGCUAUAUCUGUGUGCAAGAUCUGCCAUUAAUAGGGUUUCUGAUCAUCACGAGGACAUGGCUACCAGCAUCAGUAGAAGAAAGGGCAUCCCUCAUAGAUCUCCUUUGUGUUAGACAAAACAAACUUCUUAUUAAUUAUCACUACAUUAAUAUUUUCGGUUUUGAUAGCUUUGACUGAAUCCUAGCUAGCACUACAAACUUCUUCUCUCUCUCUCUCUCUCUCUCUCGGAAAGUUGAAGUUAAUAUAAUCACUUGGUCGGGGGGUUUUGUCUUUAAUUAAUGGCAUCACGUGAUUCCCAA